AUGCUGUGCCGUGUGCUGCGCCUCGCCCACCAACGAUUCUUCGCCACACGCCUGCCGACUUCUAAAAAGCCGACAACCGCCAAAAAGCCGACAAAGCGAAAGAAAACCCAAAUCAACGCUCUCUCACCUAACGUCCACCAAAAGCUGCGCGAAUGGGCCGUGCUGUUCAAGACGGAUUGUGAUGCUGAGGCAGAACAGUUUCACACUGCGCUCCAAAGCGGCAGCGAGGGGAUCGAGGUGUUGGAGGCGAGAGGGCAUCUGAUCUCAGGCAUUCAGAAGGAGUACGAGCGGAAUACGGCACAGCAGGGUCUCCUAUGCGCGUUCGCUCUUCGUAAUAAUGUUUCCCCGAAUGCGCAGCGUUGUUUGAAACCUGGUAGUCCUGUUUCUCUGUACAAGGGUAAUGGCUUUGGGGCUGUCGCUGCGGACGCGACUGUUCGGAAUAUUGACGUGGAAAACAGGACAUUAUUGCUAAAAAUACUUCGACCACCCGGUGGCCAACAGAUCUCCAUCGAUUCGCGGGAACAGUAUUCCGUCGCUCUCAGCCAUACGAGAGGCACCUAUCGCUCAAUGCUUGAUUAUCUUGAGUUUCGCGAAAAAAACAUGACCGACAGCGCGCCCGGCGAUCACAUCAUCUCCAAAAUCUUUCGCGACAAAGCUUUUGCGAUCGUUCAGAACGAUCCAAAACGAAUUUCAAAGACUGAUUGCGACGAGUCGCAGCUGAGGGCCCUCCGGGCUGGGAUGAACGCCAAACGGGAAUUUAUUUCGAUUCAGGGUCCGCCAGGCACCGGCAAGACCAAAGUGAUUGCCGAGUUGAUAAGGCUGCAUACGGAGAAGAAGAAGCGGGUCCUGGUCUGUGCCCAAUCGCAUGCCGCUGUCGAUAAUGUUUUCGAGAAAGUGCGCGAUAAAUCGGUGGCGCUCCGAUUACGCACUGAUGGAUCCACGCCGGAGGCCGUGCUUCAACACCGCGGAUACGCGGAGAUUGAAGAUAUUUAUAGACGAGCUGAUACGGACAAGAUGUCGGAGGCUGAUCGAAGACUGUGGAGAAAACGAGGACGAGCUAUGGAAAGAGAGAUAACACGGGAGGUCUACCAGCAACAUUUGGCCAUGUUCUGCACAGUCACCUCGAGACUUUCAUGGUGCCUCGAGAAGGAAUAUGAUUGGAGACCGGAUGUGUUGAUUAUUGAUGAAGCCGCCCAGUGCCUCGAGCCGAUGACUUGGAUCCCGAUCGUGCACGCGCCGAGGGUGAUCCUCGUCGGUGAUCACCAGCAGAUUGGUCCGCUCAUCUUCAGCAAGGAGGCAUACGAAGCAAAGCUUGGCGUCUCGUUGAUGGAGCGCGUGACGAGAGAGUUUCAACACGCCAACAUCAAUUUUAUGCUGAACACGCAGUACAGGAUGAAUGAGAAGAUUAUGAGCUGGUCCAAUAAAACGUUCUACAAUGGGGAGCUGCUGUCUGGUGAGAAGAAUCGGGACAUAUCGAUCAGUGAUAUCAGCGCUGUGAAGCCGACUUCCGUCUUUUCUUCGCCGCUAUUAAUGCUUGACACAGCCACGAUGAAUGCAAAGGAGCAGCAGAACAAGAGCAACUACUCGUUUUAUAAUGAAGCGGAAGUAAAAGUCAUUGCCUACUAUGUGCAGAAGCUGCUCGGAGCCGGCGUGCCAGCCAGUCAAAUCGGGGUGAUUACACCGUAUUUUCAGCAGGUCAGCCGAUUGCGAAACAUUUUUUCGCAUGAGAAGGAGAUUACGGUGGACACGGUCGAUUCUUUCCAGGGCCAGGAGCGUGAUGUGAUCGUGUUUUCGAUGGUUCGUGAUAAUUAUCGGGGAGAGCUCGGCUUUUUGAACCAAUACCGCCGGAUGAAUGUGGCCGUGACAAGGGCAAGAAGACAAUUCGUACUUGUGGGAAAUAGUCGAAUGCUGGAAAAAGAUGCAACGCUGAAUUCGCUGCGGCAGACGAUCGAGGAUGAGGGACACUUGCUAGACGCCAAGAUAAUUCAGAAACUCGCCAACAUUAUUGAUGUCCCAGCUACGCAUGAUGUUUGGGUUGCACCGAAGAAGCGAUUUCGAAAAGUCAAA